GAUAAGUGCAUUUUUAUUUUACUCGUGUAUAUUUUUCAUCAAGCUCGUGUAUAAAAUCAUGAUCGUUCUGCAGAAAAUAAUUUUGACGCAAUCGGCGUGCCAUAGUAAGGAAUUUAAGCUGUUGAAUUUUUAUGCAUUUAGGAUAAUGGCUUCCCUUUUUAACAAAGUCGUAAUUAUAACAGGUGCUAAUUCUGGAAUAGGAGCUGCAACUGCACUUGCAUUUGCCAAAGCUGGUGCAAGGUUAGUUUUAGCGGCACGGAAUCUGGAGAAACUAAACAAUGUAGCUAAUGAAUGCUCGGCAAAGGGACUACCACAAGAAAAGGUAUUAGUCAAAGGAUGUGAUGUCACGAAUGAAGAAAAUUUGAAAGGUUUGGUUGGAUCGACUCUAGAGAAAUACGGACAAAUCGACGUACUGGUGAACAAUGCAGGGAGUGCUCGAUACGUCAAUUAUCUUGAAACAACAAGGGAUGUGUUCGAUACUACCUUUAACCUCAACAUCCGCGCCCCUUUUUUUCUCACCCAGAUGUGUACUACUCACUUGCAGAAAACUAAAGGAUGUGUGGUAAAUGUGUCAAGCCUUGCAGGACAACGUACUUUUCCGAUUGCGAUGGUGUACGGUAUGAGUAAAGCAGCAAUGGACCAGUUUACCAAGAAUCUGGCUAUUGAUUUGGCCAAAGAAAAUGUUCGGGUUAAUUCAGUUAACCCUGGGUAUAUCAAGAGUCUGGAAUUUCAGAAGAGAGCAGGAAUGACGGAGCAAAUCUACAACCAAUUAAUAGAAAAGCAGAAGGAACUGCAGCCUCUGACGGGAGCCGUUGAACCGGAAGAGGUUGCCAAGGUGAUCCUGUUUCUAGCCUCGGACCAAUCAUCAUCGAUCACAGGAGAACUAAUUUAUGUGGAUGGAGGGCGUCACGUCUUAAUGCCCCUGUGAUGUAAAUUACAUUUUUGGUUUAUAGAAUAAUAUGGCCUGAGAGAUUUUCGGACUUUCAGAUUUUAUGUCAAUUGCCCCCCUAAAGUGAAAAUCAAAAUCUAUGCCUCCCUCGCUUAUCUUUCACAGCCUUGAUUCUACUCUGAAUGGAGUUCUUCAGUGCAUUUAUCUUUUACAAAUAUUAUUAAACCAUUCCAACGAUGCAGCCCUUAGCUGGUGGAGCGACAUGCAAACAAUAAAUUUUAGUUUUAAAAUGCACAUUUUAAAGAAUCCAGACAUACAAACGGUAGAGAAAUAACUAAAGAAAAUCUGCA